AGUAGUCGCAUGAUAAUAAUACCGUUGGGCUGGAGCGUAGUUUGCAGGAUACAAGUUUUAUUAUUUCUGUUUGUAAAUUUUGAUCGUUGAACAGUUUUAAACAUGGAUAAUAACGAUGACUAUGACAGUCUUCGUAAACAAAAUAUAGCCGAAAGAAACGCUGUCUUCGCAGAAUUUUUUAAAGAUAUAAAGACUCAGACGACAGAAAUAAAAAAAUUAAAAUCGAAGGAAGACACGGAAAACAUUGAGAAUGAACAACCGCGAAAGAGACGUAGAACUAAUUCUGGUGCCGUUGACGACGGUAAUAUUAAAUUUAACCGUGUAAAUCUGGAAUUUCGUAAGAAAUAUAACACAAGAAGUAGAACGAAAAAUGGAAUCAAAGGUGAUUCAGACGAGCCUAAAAGUAAUAAACGUAAAUUGCACGUUUUAUUUCCUUGGGCAAAACCAUUUCAACGUUCGAUUGAUCUAAUGAAAAUGGGAGUUUGCGACGUGGAUGAAGAAGAAUACGAAAAUAAUCAGGAUCGUGAUCAUGAUGAUGAUGAUGAUGAUUAUGAUUAUGACAAUGACGAUGACGACAACAACGAUUCUUAUAACCAUGUAACAAACAGAAGAGUUUUUAAAAUAUCUAAAUCUGCUUACAACCCAGAGACCAUACCAUCUGUUGAUGAAAUUACUGAAGCAAUGUUGAACAAUAUAGCAAGGAAAAGUUCUACCAAGGACUAUUGUAAAAUUAAGGGAACUUCCUGUCACCAAUGUAGACAAAAAACAUUAGAUACAAAAACGGUAUGCCGGUCAGGAGAAUGUAUUGGAAUCAGAGGACAAUUCUGUGGACCUUGCUUGAAAGGAAGAUAUGGUGAAAGUGCAGUCGAAGCUUUGAAAGAUCCUAAUUGGGCUUGUCCACCUUGUCGUGGUCUGUGUAAUUGCAGUAUAUGUAGAACUAGAAGUGGUCUACGUCCAACAGGAAUUUUAGCUCCUGUAGCACAAGAGGAAGGAUAUUCAUCUGUUAAGGACUAUCUCCAAUCCAUUGAAAUCGAUGACACAUGAUUCC